AUGACAAAAGUGUUUUCAAGAAACUCCAUUGAAGAUAGCUGGAGGUUUCUGUGCAAGCUCCUGGAUCAAGCCGUAAUUGCUGAAGGAGUUCAGCUGUGUCUUGAAGGUGUAGAUCCGAAGGUUUUUGGAUUUGAGAAAUUGUUGAAGGGAGUUCAACAUUGGAACCCAAGCACUAGUCGGCUGAAAUGUGUUUUCAGUGCAGAUGAAGCUUGUAAUUCUUGUGUGUUAACUCUUAUAACUGUUCUAAUGGAGAUGUUCAGAGAAGGAGGUUCUACAUCUCGACCCCCAAUGCUUGAAGGGGCAAAUUAUCCUUACUGGAAGACCAAAAUGUGUGCAUUCUUGAGAGCUGUAGAUGAACGAGUGUGGAUGGCUGUUGAAGAUGGAUGGAAGUGUCCAACAGUUGUUGAAGAUGAGGUUGUUAAGCCUAAGCAAAUGAGUCUGUGGACUGCAGAAGAGAUGGAAAUGGCCAAUUUUAAUUCAAAGGCUAUGCAUGCUCUUUUCAAUGCAGUUUCUACAAAUCAGCUGAAAGUCAUAGCAAAUUGCGAAAUUUCCAAAGAAGCUUGGGAAAAACUGAGAAUAAAGAAUGAAGGAACUGAUGCUGUAAAGAAAUCCAGACUAAGGACUUUGGCAAAAUCAUUUGAAAAUCUGUCUAUGGAAGAAGAAGAAACUGUAGCGGAGUUCCAUGCCAAAUUGUGCGAUAUCUCGAAUGAAUCGUAUGCACUUGGAAAGACUUAUUCGAAUGCAAAACUGGUUCGCAAGGUUCUUGGUGUUCUGCCUCGGAAGUUCAUGUCAAAGAAAGGCAAGAAGCAGAAAGAUCCUGAAAAGGAAAAAGCUGAUAAUAGUCUUGCAUUUGUGCAUAAAGAGGAAAAGAAGUUGAUCUCAGGUGCAUCUGAGGGGUUCACUGAUGAAACUUUAGCGCUGCUGACCCAGAAUUAUGCUAAGUACUUGAAGAAGAAUUACAAGAAAAACUUUCCAGGAGGAAAAGAGAAUGGUCUCAGAAGAAACUUUGGUGGAAACAAUAAGCAAACUCAGCAAUUUGGCGACAAGAAAAACAGGGGGAUAAGGUGUCGAGAAUGUGACGGAUUUGGACAUAUUCAAGCUGAGUGUGCCAACACUCUUAAGAAAAAGAAAGCCUUGGAAGCUGCAUGGAGUGAUAGUGAUGAAGAGAAGAGCUCCACCUCAAGUGACAAGUCUGAUGAAGAGAAACAGGUGGUGGCUUUUGUGGCAAAGAGUCAUCAAUCAAUGUGUUCAGAGGAAGACGAAAACUCAAGCUCAACAGAUGAGGACAGCGAUGGGAGACAGCAUGCAUAUGAGGAAAUGUUCGCUCAAUGGGAGUAUAUGGCUAAAAAAAUCAAAGGUCUCACUAGUGCCAAACAACAACUUGAAUCUAAGAAGGAUGAGUUGGAGGACACUGUUAAGAAGCUCACAAAACAGCUUGAUGGGAAGGACAGUCAGAUUUACAAACUGACUGCAGAGUUAAUAAGGGCUAAACAAUCUCUUGAGUUUAUCCCUCCAGGAACUGCUGCAAUUAACCACACCUUGCAGUUACAAAAACCUUAUGGAGAUCGAACAUCCAUUGGGUACAAAAUGCUUUACAAGAAAGGGGAGAAUUUAGGAAUUAAAGAUCCCUCUUCGUCCAAGAACAAGGAAGAUAAGACCCCUGAUGACUCAGUGCACAAUACUUUUAGUUCUGGUUUCCCAGAUUCCACUAAACGAAUCAGUGUCUCAUCUAGACCCACCAAGUUGAUUUUCGAAGGAAGGAAGCCUAUCCUGGAUGGUCAGAUUCAACAAGAAAGAUUUGUUCCUGUUUGUCAUUUUUGUAACAAAAGAGGACAUAUUAGACCCAGAUGCUACAAGUUGCAGGCAUAUUUGAAAGCUAUGAUCGAUCGUCCGAAUAGCUUUCCGCAAUUGAAUCGAUUUACAGGAAGGUUGUCAUCUAGUGAGUGGAGACCUAAGUCUGAUCUUAACAAGAGUGUUGCAUUAGUUUCCCACACCUCUCUUUCAGCUUUUCAAGAAGACCAAUGGUACUUCGACAGUGGAUGUUCUCGCCAUAUGACCGGCAACAGAAAUGUGUUGGUAAACUAUAAAGAAGGAAAGGAGGGAGCUGUGACUUUUGGUGAUGGGAACAAGGGUCAGAUAUUUGGAAAAGGUGAUCUGGUGCUAAACAGAGUCGCUCCAUUGACUGAGGUGCUGUACGUCAAAGGGCUGAAGGCAAAUCUUAUUAGCAUCAGCCAACUCUGUGACAAUGACUUCACUGUAAGUUUCUCUAAAACUCACUGUUUUGUUGUGACUAAUGGGUGCUCAGUCUUGACAGGUAAUAGAACCAGUGACAACUGCUAUGCACUCAGCAAUCAAGUCGUAUGCAACAGAUCUUUUCUUGAUAAGCCUGACCUGUGGCACUAUAGACUGGGGCACUUGAAUUUUAGAGACUUGAAGCAAAUUGUGAAAUUACAAGCUGUUCGAGGGAUCCCAGAGAUGAAAGUCACCAGAGAUAGGCUAUGUGGACCUUGCCAACUGGGAAAACAGAUAAAAGCAUCACAUCCUCCUGUAAAAAUGCUUCUCACCUCUCGUGUGCUGGAGUUGAUUCAUGUGGAUUUAAUGGGACCCAUGCAGAAUGAAAGUCUAAGUGGUAAACGGUUUGUCAUGGUUCUUGUUGAUGAUUACUCUAGGUAUACUUGGGUAGAUUUCCUCAAAGAAAAGUCAGACACUUUUGGUCUUUUUUCAGCCUUGGUUCCCAGACUCCAGAAUGAAAAGGAAUCUAAAAUUGGGAAAGUCUAUCGACUUCGAAGUGGCCAUGGAAAGAAGUUUGAAAACACUGUGUUCUCCGAUUUCUGCGAUCAGUUAGGAAUAAAACAUGAGUUUUCAGCUCCAAAAACCCCUCAACAGAAUGGGGUUCUUGAGAGGAAGAACAGGACCUUACAGGAAAUGGCUCGGGUAAUGAUGCAGGCUAAGGACAUUUCUAAGCGUUUUUGGGCUGAAGCAAUUAAUACAGCCUGUUAUAUCUGCAAUCGGGUCCAUCUGAGAACUGGCACGACACAGACUGCCUAUGAGCUUUGGAAAGGAAGGAAUCCUAAUGUCAGUCAUAUGCACAUUUUUGGGUGUGUGUGCUAUGUCCUAAAUGAUCGAGAACAUUUAGGAAAAUUUGAUCCAAGGAGUGAUGAAGGAGUAUUUCUUGGGUAUUCGCUUAACAGUCGUGCCUAUCGUGUGUUCAACAAAAGAACUCAUUCAGUGGUUGAGUCCAUCAAUGUGCGAUUUGAUGACUUGGAAAAUUCUGAAGAACCAUUGGCAGAUGAUGACACUCCAGUCUUGACUACACAUGUUCCAGUCACAGCUAGCCAAACUCAAAUGGUUCCUGAUCCUCCAUCUGGCUCCAUUCAUACCGAACCAACUGCAUCAGAGGUACACGAAGCUGGUCCUAGCGGCUCACAGUGUGAUGAGGAAGCUACCAGUGUUCUGCAAAAGGAAUCUCAACAUGCAAAACUGUAUAAAAAUGGACCCCCUUCCUGGAUUCAGAAGGCUCAUCCCCCUGAUAUUGUUAUUGGAAAUCCAAAUGCUACCAUGGUCACCAGAAGAAAAUUACAAAAUCUGAUUGCUUUCGCCUGUUACUUAUCUCAGAUUGAACCAAAAAGUGCCAAGGAUGCUCUUUCAGAUGAGUUCUAG